AUGUAUGCAUCAGAAACUGCACUAUACGUGAUAACGGAGCUCCUGCAAAGCGACCUGCACAAGAUCAUCGUCUCCCCGCAACACCUCUCCGCCGACCACAUCAAAGUCUUCCUCUACCAGAUUCUCAGAGGCCUGAAGUACCUGCAUUCGGCGCGUAUCCUGCACCGGGACAUAAAGCCGGGCAACCUGCUGGUGAACAGCAACUGCGUCCUCAAGAUCUGCGACUUCGGGCUGGCGCGCGUCGAGGAGCCGGACUCCACGAAGAACAUGACGCAGGAGGUGGUCACGCAGUACUACAGAGCUCCUGAGAUCCUAAUGGGUGCCAACCACUAUACCGCCGCCGUCGAUGUGUGGUCCGUCGGUUGCAUAUUCGGCGAACUCCUAGGCAGGCGUAUCCUGUUUCAAGCGCAGAGCCCAGUCCAACAGCUGGAGCUUAUAACGGAGCUUCUGGGCACACCUUCGCUGGAGGACAUGAGACACGCGUGCGCCGGCGCCCGAGCGCACAUGUUGCGCCGCGCGCCGCGCCCACCGGCGCUCGCCGCGCUCUACACCCUCUCCGUUCAGGCCACGCACGAGGCCGUACACCUGCUCGCACAGAUGCUGGUGUUCGACCCGUCGAAGCGCAUCUCGGUGGUGGACGCCUUAGCCCACCCCUAUUUGGAGGAGGGGCGGCUCCGCUACCACUCGUGCAUGUGCAAGUGCUGCUACAGCGCCCCGCCGGCCGCCCGCCACUACUCACCCGACCUCGAACCCGUCGCUCCGCACGCCUUCCACGACGCCUGGGAACGCAAACUUACCACCGUCCAUCAGGUCAAAGAGGAGAUUCACAAGUUCAUAGCGGAGCAGCUUCAGACGUCGCGAGUGCCGCUCUGCAUCAACCCGCAGUCCGCGGCGUUCAAGAGCUUCGCAAGUAAUGUUCUCAAUUCUCGUACCUCUCCCGGUGUUGUCCGCGCGCGUCCAAACGAUAAUAAAUCAGACGAAGCAGCAACGGUCAUCACAACCAGUUGUGGCACGGUGCGAUCUGUUAGUGUGCACGCCGGUGCCGCCGCCAUUUGCGCACCAAAACACGGCCGUGUGACGAAAGCAAUAUGGCGGUCGCAGAAGUUUGCCUAUGUCGAAAUCCCGACCCUCAGCUCCGUCGCUCCCUUCCCGUCCGCCGCC